CAACACUAACUGGGUAGCUAUGGAGAUAGUAGGUUUUCCUGGUAGCUUUCUUUGACAGGUGUCGAGUGGGAUAAAAUAAAGUAUCAGAACAGCCUCCAAGAUGUACGGCAAGGGUAAAGGAGCUGUGGUCCCCUCCGAUAGCCAAGCGAGAGAAAAGUUAGCGUUAUAUGUGUACGAGUACCUGCUACAUGUGGGAGCACAGAAGUCAGCACAGACCUUCCUGUCUGAGAUUCGAUGGGAGAAGAACAUUACAUUAGGGGAGCCCCCUGGAUUUCUCCAUUCGUGGUGGUGUGUAUUCUGGGACUUGUAUUGCGCAGCUCCAGACCGACGGGAGACAUGCGAGCACUCGAGUGAGGCCAAGGCCUUCCAUGACUAUAGUGCAGCAGCAGCACCCAGCCCAGUGAUGGGCAACAUGCCCCCCAACGACGCCAUGCCAGGCGGUCCCAUGCCCCCAGGCUUCUUCCAGGGACCACCCGGCUCUCAGCAGUCCCCCCACGCACAGCCCCCCCCACACAACCCCAGCAACCCAAUGAUGGGACCUCAUGGCCAGCCUUUCAUGUCACCACGGUAUCCAGGUGGACCGCGCACUGCACUCCGAAUGCCAAAUCAGCCUCCUGGGGGAAUCCCGGGUUCUCAACCUCUCCUGCCAAACAGUUUGGACCCAACAAGACCACAAGGACAUCCUAACAUGGGUGGACCAAUGAGAAUGAACCCUCCGCGAAUGGGCAUGGGCCCACAGAAUUAUGGAGGCAUGAGGCCUCCUCCCAACUCCAUGGGUGGUCCCAUGCCAGGAAUGAACAUGGGUCCUGGAGGAAGAGGGCCUUGGCCAGGACCUAAUGCUAACUCUAUAGCAUACUCUUCCUCAUCUCCAGGAAACUAUGUGGGUCCCCCAGGCGGAGGAGGUCCACCUGGAACUCCCAUCAUGCCCAGCCCAGGUGAUUCAACUAACUCCAGUGAAAACAUCUAUACAAUGAUGAAUCCUAUCGGGCCGGGAGGCAACAGACCCAAUUUCCCUAUGGGACCUGGGCCUGAUGGGCCAAUGGGAGCAAUGGGAGCCAUGGAGCCACACCACAUGAACGGAUCACUAGGGUCUGGGGAUAUGGAUGGGUUGCCAAAGAGUUCCCCUAAUAACAUGGGGGGCAUGAACAACCCUCCUGGAACGCCGAGAGAUGACGGCGAAAUGGGCGGGAACUUCUUGAACCCAUUCCAAAGCGAAAGUUAUUCACCCAACAUGACGAUGAGUGUGUGAUUUUAUUUUAUUCCUUUUUUUUGUAUUUUUGUUUAUUUUUUCCCCCAAUUUUUGUACCCCUGCACCCAAUUUUAUUUUUCUUCAAUCCUUACCUCGGAUUGGACCUCCUCCCCUCCUCUCACACACACACAUACACACACAUCCCCACCCUCUGCCCCCCAAUACGGGAUCUGCCCCUUUUCCCCUUCCCCUCCUUUUUCCCUUCUCACUCGGGAACUGUAUGGCCACACAGCCUUCUGGGACGGCCCUUGAGCAUGCUGGGACUCUAAUUAAGACGGGCCCUCCUGGAGCAUGCAAGAUGGCCACUGGUCUGAACAGGAAGCAGUCACAGAGCAACAGGAAGAACCUCUUCUCUGACUCCGGCCCCGGCCUCCCUGGCUUCCUGUCAGGGUCUAGACAAUGAGCAAGGGAAGGAGGACAAAUAGAGAAAAAGAGGGAGAGAGGAGACUGGAUAACUCAGCCCUCCCCUGAGGACACAAGGUGUUGAGUCUCUUAACAGCUGCCUGGAAGCUUCUCAAACACAAUUUUGGACUUUUAAAAUUUUUGUUGUUUUUUUUUUUUUUUUUUUGUUUUGUUUGGUUGUCUUUUUUUUGUUUUGUUGCUGUUCCCAUCGGAUUCAGUGGAGGGUCGGAUGAAAUGAUCCCGUUGCCCCCUGACAUUGUUCGCUCUGUGUGUACAUUUUUAACAGAGGUGUUGUGAUGAUCAAUGAACUUUUUUUUUUUCCUUUUUUUGUGUAUGUAUUGUAUCAUUGCUAUUUUUAUUAUUGUAUUAUUGUUAUUAAUGAUAUUGGUAUGGUCAUUUUAAGAUUAGGUUCUAAUUUCUUUUGUUUCUAAGGGCACAUGACUUUGAUGAAGACAGCAUAUGUGCACACAAAUCAGAACUUAUUUGCUGUGUAACAAUUCACAAAUAUAUUCUCACCUAUCUCUGUGUGAGACCGCCCCCUACAGGUAAGAUUUUAUCCAUUAUGGUACUGAUUGGCCCAUUUUUAAAUCUUUCUCCGAGGUUUCUUUAAGAUCUAAAUUUUAGGCUCAAUAACCCAGACCAGAAGAAGAAGCGACUCCUGUUUUAGUAGCUUCAUGCAGUGAAAUGCACAGCUCUAUUUAUUUAUGUACUUUUUAAUUUGUCUUAUGAAUUAUGGUUACUUUUUUUUUCUUUUUUUUUUUAAGUGUUAUCCCUGUUUUUUUUUUGUUAACUGCAGAACUAGUAGCAACUGUGUAAAUAUGCAGAUCCAGUCAGCAGCGUCUCCUUAUCUCUGUCUGUCAGUACCAACAUCAUCAGACCCCCUAAAGGUGCUGAAGUUCUCAAACCAUGUAGACCCCCACCCACCCACCCACCCCCCUCAUGCUGCUUCCACUAAUGCCACCCACUUUGGUCACUGUUCACUCCAACGUGUACGUAGGCCGCGUUAUCGUCUCUCUGCUGACCCGUAGUGAACACUUGGAUUAUUUUUUGUUGCUUAACUCGCUGGUAAGUCCUCAACACACUGUGAUGUACUGUAUGUCUGUGCUUUUAUGGAUUUGCUUUUACACACCAGUCAGUUUAGCUCGCAUACUUUUUUUUUUUUUUUUCCUCAUACAAGCAGUGCUCCCUCUUUCUUACGGUCGCUUCUUGUGAAAGGACUUCUAAUUCUCGUUGAGGGGGACACUGAUCAGAUCCUCGGCAUCUUUAUGUCAGAGCAUAAGCAGGUUCAGGAAGCGGCAAGGCAUUGCUCUGUUGACUGUAACGAGUGGCCUCCCUCCCUUUUGCUCAUCUUGGAGAAAAGACCUUGUCCGUCCUUUUUCCCUUUUCUCACUUUUCCAACGGCGCCAGCAUCGACACACAGACACAGUCCGCCACACAGCAUCCCUCUCUGGUUUUUUUGUACAACUCCAUCUUUUGAUUUCAAUUUUUUUGUAAAUACUGUAAAAUGCAUUUUGAUAUCAUUGACAUGUUUUGAUAUUUCAAAUCACAACUUAACAGUUGAUCAGAAAUGUGCUGAUUUGGGCAACUGUGUGUGUAUUUGUUCAGAGAUGGGUGUGUCUUUACUCUGAAAUAAUGAGUGAUGAGAAACAGAAACUGGAGCUGCUAUAGACUAUAUGCUAUUUCACCUCAUCACAGGCAAACCUGGGGCUUUACUGUGCAUCAGGGCUGUAGCGUCAAGGGGUCCAGGGAGGACGAGGGAGGUCAAUUUUUGUAGUUGAGUGUGUGAACGCCUUUAGCUAACUCACUGUCACACACAUUUUCUUGGAAAGUCUUUAAAUUAAACAUAAUCUUGUCCAAAAGCCUCCCUCCUCUGCCUCUGUUCUUGGAAAAAUGUUGAAGUGAGGUAGUUUAAAAAAAAAAAAAAAAAAAAAAAGAUAAAAAUGGGCAUAUUUUUCACCAUUUUGACAGUGAAUUUGCAGCAAAAGAGGCCUGUUUUUCAUAAUAAAACUUUGCGUGUCUGCUGCCAUCACACUGCAUUUCAGCUUCUACCCUCUCAACACAACUGAUCACUGAAACCGGAAGCAGGGCACACAAGACACUGGCUCUCAAUCCAAACCACCAGGGACCAGAGUACAGACUUUACUAUGAAGGAUUUUUUUAAAAAUCUAUUUAAAAUGGGGUGGGAGAAAUGUUUGGGAAAGUAAAGAGAGAAAAAAAAAAUACGGAGAGUUCUUAUUGCUGAGCGGAGGUAGAGAGAGCGCGGGAAUAGGGCAUUUCCUCGCCUGUACUUUGAAAUACUGUUGUAUAAAAAUGCAGUCGAACUUCUCUCUAUCUUUCUGUCCUGUAAGUAAAGCCGUCACAACGUUGAUCAUUUCUGUAUUUCUAUUGUGCUGAUGUAUAAUACUGUAACAUUCAGGGGUAGGGAGGGUUAAGAGAGGAAUGUGGGGGGGAGUAAAGACUUUUCUGUUCAGUUCCUCAUUUUUCCUCUUGAUGACAAAGCAGUAUUGAAUAUGAGGCAGUCUGUCCUUGGGGAGUUGCUUUGUAUCUCAUGUUAGGGUAGUUUCAGAUCCUAAAUGUCUCGUGUAGUAAAAUAAGAGGUUCCUUCUUCGUAUGUUUCUUUAUAUUGUAAAGUUUCUUUAGACAAAAAAAUGUUGCUUAUUGGAAAAAAAGGUGGGAAAACUGCAUUGAUAAUAAAUGUAAUUUUUUUUUUGUUUUUGUUUUUAAUUUUCAUCAAGUUGUCAGUCGUUUUUGCCUGUGUCCCCCUUGUUGUAGAUACAUAUUAAAAACAAAUAAAAUGACUUCACUCCUUUUGCCAUGAA